AUGGCGCUGGCGCUCGGUAAGCCCCUUCACCGUCGCUUUCCGUACGACCCACCCGACACGUACUCCAUGGAGAUUGCAGAGGGCACAAGGAAACGGACCCGUGCAAGCGAUGGUGGUGGCGAAAGCUCCACCGGUGGCCCGGACCGGCUGAGCACUCUACCAGACUGCCUCCUCCACGUCAUCAUGUCCUCCCUCAAGGCUCGACAGGUGGUGCAGACGUGCGUGCUGUCAACACGCUGGAGGCACCUCUGGCGCUCUGUGCCGUGCCUCGACAUCGACAUUGUUGAGUUCAGGACCAAGGCGGCGGCGCCUGCCUCCAGCAGUGGCGGCAGCAACAGCAGCUCUGACUCUGAUGACUCCGACUCCGACUUGGGCAGCAGCCAGGACAAGGGCAAAGUGUGGGACGAAUUUGAGGAUUUCACCGUCAACCUCAUGCUCCGUUGCAACAUCGCACUGCUGGAUUCAUUCAGGCUGGACAUUGAUAGGGGCUGCAGACCUCAGACCUAUGUUUGCUCUGACAGUGCAAUACAAGGCUGGGAAUACAGCGGCCGACAAGCAGCAGCAUGGCUCCGACGUGCGAUGAAAUACUGCACACCAGGACCAGGUCAUGCCAUCAGUUGUCAGCGUCAGGGAUUGAAUCUGAGCCCCAGUUCUUGGCGCCUCAGAAGGCUGCAUCUCUGCCACGUGCCUCUGGACGAUCGUUUCGCAGAGCAUCUUAGCUCAGCGUGCUGCUCUUUGGAGGAUUUGGAGCUGGACCAUUGCACCUGUGAGAUCCGUUCGAUCGCCUCUGACUCGCUCCAGAACUUAGUUUUGAAAAGUUGCUCAUGGGGCGGAUUCCUCUCCGACAUUGCAUCCCCAACAUUGAAGACCUUGAUUAUCGAUGGCGGCUCCAAUUGGUAUGGCGACCUGCUGGCUAUCUCAGCCCCCAUGGUUGCCUAUCUACGCCUAGAUGUGGAUGGUGUCUGCUUCCGUGGAGGUAUUUCGAUAAAUGAGAUGCCAUCCCUUGACAGGGCUUCGAUUCAUCUACGCCGUCACAAAUACAGUUUUUUGUCCAAAAGUAUGUGUGGAAGUAAACUUGGUGGAGAUCAAUCCAAGCUUCUUUGUGGUGUGUCUAAUGUGACAAGUUUCGAUUUGUUAGGUGUCGGGACAACGGUGCUCGGUAAGGAACCCACAUUCCUGGAAUUCCAGAACCUGAGGAACUUGCUGCUGGGCGACUGUGACCUCAGUGACGACUUCCGGAUAUUGCGAUUCUUUCAGCGGGGUUCACCUAAUCUAGAGAAGGUCACGUUGCGGCACUGCAAGUUCCCUGGUGAUUCUGAGGACAAGGAAGGAACGCACAAACUGGACAAGACCUCAUCUUCUGGUUGCUGCUAUGGCCUGGACUUCCUACAUGAUGAGAACAUCGAGCUUGAAAUCAUACAUAAAGAUGAUGAUGCCUGUCGAUCUGCUGACGAGCUUGUGCGCGGCCUACCAAAUCUCAAAGGUACAACUGAUGCUGUUCCUGACGCUGCUGCUGCUCCUGCUGAACAUCCGGUGCCUCAUUCAACUGGAGUAGGGCCUCGUCGGGGAACUCGGCGCAGGACGACCAGCGUGCGCAUCUCGGGACCAGAAUGGGAAUGGCCCAUGUAA